AUGGAAACAAUGUGCCUGGUUGAGUCGAACAGGACGUCGUGGAAACAAUACGUUGAUAGACAAGUUGCUGAUGAGAGUGUUGAUAACAUCGAUGCCAGUGAUGGUGAUGGCACGGAUAGUCAUGAUGACAUUGAUGAUGGCACUGAUGAUCAUGAUGACACUGGUGAUCAUGAUGGCACUGAUGAUCAUGAUGAUACUGGUGAUGGCACGGAUAGUCAUGAUGACAUUGAUGAUGGCACGGAUAGUCAUGAUGACAUUGAGGAUGGCACUGAUGAUCAUGAUGACAUUGAUGAUAGCACAGAUAGUCAUGAUGACAUUGAUGAUGGCACUGAUGAUCAUGAUGACAUUGAUGAUGGCAAGGAUAGUCACGAUGACAUUGAUGAUGGCACGGAUAGUCAUGAUGACAUUGAUGAUGGCACUGAUGAUCAUGAUGACAUUGAUGAUGGCACGGAUAGUCAUGAUGACAUUGAUGAUGGCACGGAUAGUCAUGAUGACAUUGAUGAUGGCACUGAUGAUCAUGAUGACAUUGAUGAUGGCACGGAUAGUCAUGAUGACAUUGAUGAUGGCACUGAUGAUCAUGAUGACAUUGAUGAUGGCAAGGAUAGUCAUGAUGACAUUGAUGAUGGCACUGAUGAUCAUGAUGACACUGAGGAUCAUGAUGACAUUGAUGAUGGCACAGAGAGUCAUGAUGACAUUGAUGAUGGCACUGAUGAUCAUGAUGACAUUGAUGAUGGCACGGAUAGUCAUGAUGACAUUGAUGAUGGCACUGAUGAUCAUGAUGACAUUGAUGAUGGCAAGGAUAGUCAUGAUGACAUUGAUGAUGAUAGUCAUGAUGACAUUGAUGAUGACACGGAUAAUCAUGAUGACACUGAUGAUGGCACGGAUAGUCAUGAUGACAUUGAUGAUGGCACGGAUAGUCAUGAUGACAUUGAUGAUGGCACGGAUAGUCAUGAUGACAUUGAUGAUGGCACGGAUAGUCAUGAUGACAUUGAUGAUGGCACUGAUGAUCAUGAUGACACUGAUGAUGGCACGGAUGACAGCGAUGACACUGUUUAUCAUGAUGACAUUGAUGAUGACACUUAUGAUCAUGAUGACAUUGAUGAUGACACUGAUGAACAUGAUGACAUUGAUGAUGACACUGAUGAACAUGAUGACAUUGAUGAUGACACUGAUGAUCAUGAUGACAUUGAUGAUGACCAUGAUGACAUUGAAGAUUACCAUGAUGACACUUAUGAUUAUGAUGAUACUGCGCUGAUGAACAAAACUACAAUCAUGGCGAAUCUCCCGCAAACUACACUGUCACCAAAAUAUCCAACAUUGAUCGGUAAGGAAAGGGAAGUGGAGAAGGACUUUGUGCAGAAGUUUGUCAUCUGA